AUGGCGAUCAUGAUGUCACUGCAUGGGGUUAGCAAGCACCAAUGGGACGUACCGCGGUCCGAAAUCCCUUUCAUAGUCCGAGCUGUCACUCCUGCUGCUAUAUACGACGUUUGUAUUCUCGCAUAUACCAUUUUGAUGUUUCUUAACAUCUUCUUAUACGUUAAACCUGUUGUCGACACCAACAAAGCUCUCGGGGCUGUGAAUCUUUUCAGUGACAUUUAUAUACUAUGCGCUCCUAUUGCAGCAGUUUCAAAAUUUCAGCUUUCUAUCAAAGCGAAAUUUGGUAUCAUAUUAGUAUUCAUGAUCGGAACUAUAGCUUGCGCGAAGAGUCUUGUAGGCCUUAUAUUUCGACUACAAGUUCAUCAAACGGAGGCGUCUGUGGGAGCUCUCACCAAUGGCUACGGCGCACAUGCCGUAGUGUGUAUGGCAGGAAUGGCGGCACACAAACAAGCAAUGAGGCUGAUGUUGAACAAAGGCCUAUGCAUUGUAGGUUCAUCCGUUGGAACGCCUCAGCAUAUGGAUGAGCUACUGGCUCUAGCAGUUGCGGGCAAAGUUCUGCCGUUGGUGGAGGUGAUUGAGUUCGACGAUCUGAAUCACGCCUUGCGGCGACUUGCGAGGCACGAAGUCGAGGGGAGGAUUGUUGUCAAUACCCCUCCAUGA